AUGUAUCCGUCACAUUAUCGUAGAAAAAACCUUUUAAGUUCGUUUUAUGUUAGGGGUGUUCCUCAGCUUAGCGUCGGUCAAAAGGCUAAACUUACGAUCUCUCCUGAUUAUGGUUAUGAAAAUGGCUUUGGUGAAAUUAUUCCUCCUAAUUCUACCUUAAUCUUGUAA